GCUGCCCGAACACGGAAGAGCAGGAGAACAGCGAUGACGGACGGAGAGGGCGGUGGGUGGGGGGUUGGGAGGUGAGGCGAGGCGAAGUCUGCAGUUAUUAUGCUGCGCCGGAUCCUGGCCUUGCUCGCUCAUCCUUGUUUUCUCCCCAGCAGCAACAGCGGCCCCGGAACUGUCAGGAGCGGCAACAUGUUCUACGCGGUGCGGAAGGGCAGGAGGACCGGCGUGUAUCGCACCUGGGAGGAAUGUAAAGAACAAGUUGACAAAUAUAAAUAUGCUAGCUUCAAGAAGUUUUCAACAGAGGAAGAUGCUUGGGACUUCAUAAAUGAUGGAUCAACAGGCACAUCUCGUCAUUCAACUGGUUACGAUAAUGCAGCUUAUGAAAGACCAAGAAAUAAUAGGUUAAAGGGUAAGAAGACAACAUCGUGGUCAGAUUAUAGUUCAUACAAGAGACCAUAUGAACAGCCCUCAGAAAACCAACGUGAGAGAAAGCGUGUAAAAUAUACUGAGGUACCUUACACACCUCCAGAACGCAAAGAUGAAUUCUCAUAUACAGGAGAUUAUGCAGUUGUUUAUACUGAUGGGUGUUGCUCAAGUAAUGGGCGCCGUAAAGCACGUGCUGGAACUGGUGUCUAUUGGGGACCCGAUCAUCCUUUAAAUAGUAGUGAAAGACUUCCUGGGCGGCAGACUAAUCAAAGGGCUGAAAUACAGGCAGCUUGCAAAGCAAUAGAGCAAGCCAAGAGUCGAAAUAUCAAUAAACUGGCAAUCUAUACUGACAGCAAGUUCACCAUCGAAGGUAUGACAAGCUGGGUUAAAAACUGGAAGAAGAAUGAUUGGAAAACAUACAAAGGAACAGAUGUAACCAACAGGGAAGACUUUGAAAGGCUUGAUAAGCUUUCGGAAGGCAUGGAUAUUCAGUGGAAACACGUUCCAGGUCAUUCUGGCUUUGCUGGAAAUGAAGCAGCUGAUCGACUAGCAAAAAAAGGUGCUGGAAAGUCCUUGUCCUAGAAUGUGUUAGAAAUAUCCAUUGACUUUGGGGGCAGAGUAACAACAUUUUUGACUAACAGGCUGUGAUUGUGGUGGAUAAAUGUGAGUUUUACUGACUUGCCAUCCAAUUUCUUGAUACUGAGAAGCCCAGGUUUGGAUACUAAGGAUUAUUCUAAAGAUGGCAUGAGAUAUUUAAACAAAAUGCUUGUUUGAUGCAUUCUGGUUAUGAAGAGUUACGACACCGCAGAAUUUUACGUAAGGCGUUUGUUUCACAGUUGUACAUUCAAGAGUUGUGUUUUAUAUAUAAAAAAAUUUAAUAAAA